CAAGCAGCUAGCUAGCCUAUCUAGCAUUGAGUACGGCACCACAAGAAAGAAGAAGCUAGCAUCAAUGGCCGCCUCGAUCCCCCUGCUGCUGCUCCUGGCCGCCUCCCUGGCAGCCAGCGCCAGCGCCGCGACCUUCACCAUCACCAACAAGUGCGGGUUCACGGUGUGGCCGGCGGCGACGCCGGUGGGCGGGGGCACGCAGCUGAACUCCGGCGCGACGUGGACCAUCAACGUGCCCGCGGGCACCAGCUCCGGCCGCGUCUGGGGACGCACGGGCUGCUCCUUCAGCGGCAACCGCGGGAGCUGCCAGACGGGCGACUGCGGCGGCGCGCUCGCCUGCACGCUGUCCGGCCAGCCGCCGCUGACGCUGGCCGAGUUCACCAUCGGCGGCAGCCAGGACUUCUACGACAUCUCGGUCAUCGACGGCUUCAACAUCGGCAUGGCCUUCUCGUGCAGCACCGGCGUCGGGCUGGUGUGCAGGGACUCGGGGUGCCCUGACGCGUACCACAACCCCAACGACAUGAAGACCCAUGCCUGUGGCGGCAACAGCAACUACCAGGUCACCUUCUGCCCGUGAUGAGGCGGCUGUAAUGCAUGUAUCGGAGAGUACUUGAUUUGCUUGCAGGAAGAAUAAUAUGUAUAUGUAUGUAGCUGGAUCUCUGUACCUACUCCGUAUACCAUAUGGUAUACUAUACAAUAAGACUAUGUUCUUGCCAUAUUGGAAAUAUGGCUACGAUUGUAGGCUAGGGGUGGGUAGAAACUUAAUUUUAAAAACGAGUACCACACCUGUC